AUGUAAAAAGAAUCAGAAGAAGAGCAUUAAUUAUAAAAUUAAAAUCCUAUUUAAGAAUCACAAUAAAAAUCAAAGACUAAAUUUAAUAUAACAUGCUCUUUAUUAAUACUAUUCAACCUUAUUAUAGGAUUCUAUUUUGUGAAAUAUUCAAGGAAUGGUAUUUAUUUUUGAUUUUGUUUACAGAAUACAAUGAGGUUUGCUUUUAUUUAGGAGGGUUUUCAUACUAUCAUGGAAUUGUAUUAAUACUAUUAGGACUCUAUAUUUUAUUAAUAAUAUGUCCAUGUGAAUGUUAUCCUUGUAUAAACAAAGAAUAUUCUAGUAAUAUGUUUGGAGUUAUUUUAAGUGUUGAAUUUACUUAAUAAGCAAUAUUUUUGACUGCUUUGACAGUAUUCAAAUUAUUUAAUUUUUAAGAUUGUUUAUUUUUACUAAGAACCUUGUGGAUCACUUGUUAAAUUUGUAUUGAUUUAUUUAAUAAUAAAUUUAUCAUUAGUAUUCUUUAGUAUAAGUGUCAUAUUAUGGAUAGCUUUCCAUACUGAUGAAUUUAAUAUUAUUAAAACAUUAACUGAGUGA